CACCGUUAAGCUUACGGAAUACAAAACUUAACCAAACUAGUUGCAACCUACAGAUCCCGAAUUCUCACUAGUGUUGAUUGUGACAAUAACCAACCUUGGAACAAUACCACCGUAAUCAUCGGCCAUUGAUUAUCGAGUGAUGGCUGACGUAAAUACUCCACCUUCGAGCAUAGUCGCCCAAAAGAGACGGCGGCCUCACACUCCUAUGAUGUGGGCGACGAUACAACCGAAGCUCAAAUACUAUUACAUAGAUCUGGAUAUGACUCUUGAAGAUACCAUACAAAAGAUACGCACAGAACACAAAUUUGAUGCCACCGACCAAAUGUACAAAAAGCGGCUAAAAGCAUGGGGGCUUUCGAAACAGGUCAAAUCCGACGAGAAGGGCAAAGCUCUAGCAAGGAUUCUUGGGCUCCAUAGUGAACCCGUCACAGGCGAUCAUGUCCCGGUCCGGCACGACAAGCUCGUCCGAUAUGCAAAGUCUCGUAUCAAAUCCGGAGCAUUGGAAAGCCAUCACCUAAGCAGGCUGACAAAUCGAUACACUGUAGUGACCGACUAUCGGUAUGCAGCUGCUGAAAUGCCGUCGGUGCCACGCUCUCCAGCACUCCCAGACCAGUUCGCUGGGUUUGACGUAUUCCUGCGAGCAAUGCAAACGUUGAUAAAGAGAGAACAGGGAGAAUGGCUGACCGGGCGCCAAACUUCUCCGGAUGCAAUAUUUGGCGCACUCACAAAAGGCUUGUCACUCUGGCGCAACAACGCCUUUGCUGCAGCACGGCAAUCAUUUGGUCAAGCGGCUCAUAAGACGAUGGAAGACCUCCAAAGUACAGAGGUAUCGGUAUCACGGAUAACGUACUGUAUCAGUUCCAUUUUGUGGGGUUCCGAACGUGAGCUCGUCUUUCAAAAAUUCGUAGAAUUUAUGAUAAACGCCGCCCUCGAAGUCCUAGGACCAAGAUGCCCAAUGACGAUAGUUUUACAGCACUUGCAGGCGGAUCAGAGUCUGGAUGCGCAGGUGAGCAUAUGGGCGUGUGCUCUGGAUGACUAUAAGAUCUCAGAACAAAACGUAGAACAUUGGUGGAACAUGGCGCAGCGUCGUUGGCGAUGGUGUUGGCGCAGUGGAAAAUUCGAUCUCGCAGCACGAUACUGUAGUCACGCUAUGAGUGAAACGCGAAGGAUCAACAAGCUGACUAUCGACAUGGAGUUGGAGGCGCAGCAUGACCUGGAUUCCAUUGUGCUGAAAGCCAACACAUAGCUACUUGGACAAGAUUGGCGGAUACAUCCCAACUUACGAGAAAAAGUUCUUGGCAUCAGGCGAAAUAUAGCCUACUUCGGCAGUAAAGCUAUUUCUGGUAUUGCGAGGCGUUUCAUCGGACUCAGUUUAGUUUUCGGGGAAGUGCGAUAUCUGGCUAGCUCCAACUCCGGCUCAGCUCUGGCACUAAAUAAUGUAUUGACUUUGCUUUUUCUUCGCUCUGUUGACACCUUGUAUUCCUCUGGUAUAAACUUGAUAGAGAGUUCUCGUCUCGAAGCAUUUAACUCGCGC